CUCGUUAGCAUUUCUCCCCCCGACAUUGCCCGCCAUGGCGGCCUCCCUCGCUGCCCAGGCCGAGGUCACCGGCAUCAUCAACCACGACGCGGCGAAGAACAGCGUCGCCGUCCAUACUUUCGACGCCAACGCGAGCCCUGAGCAGAAGGCCGCCGCGGCCGGGAAAGGCCGUGAGCAACUCUCCAGGGUCGGUAAAGAGCAGAACGGCGGCGGAGCGCACGAACUACCUGUCACGACCGGAGGCGCGACCGUCCUCCCCACCAUCACCAUCGAAGAUGCGGACAAGGUCCAGGCAGACGAAGACGCAGCAGCGAAUACCGCACCAGGCGCCGUCACCGGAGCCUCGCAAGUCGAGCCACCUGGCGGCUUCCCUGAGGGUGCUGCGCCCGCCAUCCCAGACUGGUACAAGGUCGGCUGGCGCGCCGUGUCCGGAAUCGACGAUGGCCCGCUCGACGACGACGAGGCACGCGACAAGACCGUGCUCGAGAUGUUUGUCGCCGAGCAGUUUUACGGCGACUGGUACCACAACGCCGCACUUAUAUUCUUCGCCGUGUUCACGUCCCACUUCCUGACGCGUUUUGGCUUCGGCUGGGGCUGGCUCUUCAUCCUCCUCUCCGUCUGCAACACGUACUAUACCACCUCCAUGGUCCGCGUCCGCCGCCGUGCGCGGGACGACAUACAGCGUGAGCUCGUCAAGCAGCCGCUGGCGUCCGAGCACGAGUCGGCCGAGUGGAUCAACAACUUCCUCGACCGCUUCUGGAUCAUCUACGAGCCCGUCCUCGCCGCUACCGUCGUCUCCUCCGUCGACCAGGCCCUCUCCGCCAACACGCCGCCCUUCCUCGACUCGCUCCGACUCAGCACUUUCACCCUCGGCACUAAGGCUCCCCGUAUCGAUAAGGUCCGCACGUUCCCCAAGACGGCGGAGGAUAUCGUCAUGAUGGAUUGGGGUCUCUCCUUCACCCCUAACGACACAUCGGACAUGACCGAGAAGCAAGCCAAGGCGCGGGUGAACCCCAAGAUCGUUCUGGACAUCCGCGUUGGUAAGGGUGUCGUCACCGGCGCAAUGCCCGUCCUCCUUGAGGAUAUCACGUUCAAGGGCUUGCUGAGGAUACGAAUGAAGCUGAUGACUUCGUUCCCUCAUGUACAAAUCGUGGACAUUAGCUUCUUAGAGAAGCCAACCAUCGACUAUGUCCUUAAACCUAUUGGAGGAGAGACAUUCGGGUUCGACAUUGCACAUAUUCCGGGCCUAUCGUCCUUCAUCCGCGACAUGGUACACAACAACCUCGGUCCCAUGAUGUACGAGCCCAACGUCUUCACCCUCAACCUGGAGCAACUCCUCUCCGGCGCGCCGCUCGACACGGCCAUCGGUGUUCUCCAGGUGACCGUGCAAAACGCUCGCUCGCUAAAGGGCGUGAAGCUCGGUGGCGGAUCGCCCGAUCCCUUCGUUUCGCUCUCCAUUAACCAACGCGCGGAACUUGCGCGCACCAAGUACAAGCACAACACGUACAACCCGACCUGGAACGAGACCAAGUUCUUGCUCAUCAACAACCUCACCGACUCACUCGUGCUCACCGUGUACGACUACAACGACCACCGGAAGAAUACCGAGCUCGGCGCGGUGCUCUUCGACCUCAGCGUGCUCCGACAGGACGCGACACAGGAGGGCCUCGAGAGUCCCGUGCUCAAGGACGGGAAGGAGAAGGGCACGCUACGCUACGACGUCUCAUUUUACCCCGUUCUCAAGCCCACCGCCGUCGCCGAUAGCGCGGAAGAAGAGCUUCCAGAGACAAACGUCGGUAUCGUGCGCCUCACGCUACACCAGGCCAAGGACCUCGACGCGACCAAGUCCAUGUCCGGCGACCUCAACCCGUUCGCGAAGGUCUUCCUCAACAACGACCCACACGCGAUCCAGACCACGACUCGCUUCAAGCACACGAAUAACCCCGUUUGGGAGGCGCCAACCGAGUUCUUGUGCUCGGACCGGUCAUCAGCUGUCGUCACCGUCAAGAUCAUCGACGACCGCGACUUCCUCAAGGAUCCCGUCGUUGGCUACCUCACUGUCAAGAUUGACGACCUUGUCAAGGCGACCAAGGAGGGCGGCCGCGACUGGUGGCCACUUAGUGGCUGCAAGAGCGGUCGCGUGCGCAUGAGCGCUGAGUGGAAGCCGCUUGACCUCGCGGGCAGCUUACACGGUGCGGACCAGUACACCCCGCCGAUCGGCGUUGUCAGGCUGUGGAUACAGAAGGCGACGGACGUGAAGAACGUCGAGGCGACGCUCGGUGGCAAGAGUGACCCAUACGUCCGCGUUCUGGUCAACAACGUUACACAAGGUAGGACCGAGGUCAUCAACAACAACCUCAACCCGGAAUGGGACCAGAUCAUCUACAUCCCUGUACACUCGCUUCGCGAGACAAUGCUGCUGGAGUGCAUGGACUACCAGCACAUGACUAAGGACCGUUCGCUCGGCAACGUCGAACUCAAGGUCUCGGACCUGGGCACGCCCUCGGACGACGAGCGGUUCCCGUACGCGUCGACGGGCAAGCGCGAAGUCGAGGAUCCGCUCAAGCUCGACCGGGGCGCGUAUAAGGGCAAGCUGCACUACGUCGCCGAGUUCAUCCCCGCUCUCGCUGUCCAGGGUGUCAAGUUUGAGACCGGGCCUAAUCAACUGGAGCGCGCGGCGCAGGGUGGUCAGGGCGAUGACGAUGGGGACGUCGUGGUCGACGAUAGCGGUUCGAUGUCGUCGAGCGACGUCGAGGCGCAGGCCGUUCCGCAAGGGGUCACCGUCUCCCGGCCGCUUGGCGACGACCCGCGCAAGGAGCGGCACGUCAAGAACGCCAAGUCGACCGACACAACCAAAACAACGGAGACGACGAACACGGUGUCCACGAAGGAGACGGAGACGGAGAAGACCGCCGAGACGCGCCCGGAAGAAAUCGGGGUGCAACUGUCCACAGAAGAGCUGUUGCAAUAUGGUUCGGGUGUCAUCGUCUUCAAUGUUAUCGAGGGCCAUAUCUACAAGAAAGCGCGUCUGGAGGUGCUGUUGGACGACGGCUACUGGCCUGCGUUUAGCACCAUCAAGGCCCGCGGUACCCACGCGCAGUGGGAGACGGUUGGCGAGGGCUUCCUCAAGGAGCUCGACUUCGGCCGCGUGUGGCUCCGCCUCAAUGAGGCGGACGAAGGGGACAAGGACGACGUCAUCUGUGAGUGGAGAGGAGACGCGAAGCAGUUCUUGCAAAAGACCUUGAAUGGACCAACCACCUUCACGUUAACUGACGUGAAUGGCGAGAAAGAGUCCACUGUGCUCCUCGAGACUCGCUACGUCCCUGUGCCCGUGCAGCUCGAGCCGAGGGAAAGCAUCAACAAUAUGGGUUUACUUCGUGUGGAUCUCCUGGACGGACGUGAUAUUCAUGCGGCCGACCGCGGCGGCAAAUCCGAUCCUUUCGCGGUGUUUACCCUUAACGGUCAGCGUAUCUUCAAGUCGCAGACAAAGAAGAAGACGCUCAAUCCCGAGUGGAACGAGCAGUUUACUGUCUCCGUGCCCUCUCGCGUCGGCGCCGACUUCAAGGUGGAAGUGUUCGACUGGAACCAAAUCGAGCAGGCCAAAUCCUUGGGCUCUGCAAGCAUCAACUUGGCCGACCUCGAGCCUAUGGAAGGUACCGAACGCAUUAUUGAGCUGUCGCACUCAAAGCACGGGAACAAGGGGCACCUUCGUGUCCGUCUCCUGUUCUCGCCCGAAAUCAUCGCCAAGACGCGCACGAAGACCUCGACCUUCAGCACUGCAGGGCGGGCUGUUACGCAAGUCGGCGGUCUGCCGUUGGCCGGUGGGCGAGAAGUCGUGCAUGGCGUGGGCAAGGUGGGAAGCGGCAUAGGCCACCUGUUCAAGCGGGACCACAAGUCGGAGACCCAGCUGGCGGUGCCAGAAGAUGCUCCGGCGGGACAGGCGUCUGUACCGUUAAAUGGUCCGGACGUGCCGCCUACGACUGCGCCUGCUACAGCGCAAACGUUCCCUUCCGCGUCGACCAACGGCCAUGGGGCUUCUAAUGGCUCGGCAAAUGAAUCGGGUACUCUACGUGUUACGGUAGUGGAGGCCAAGGAUCUGUCUGUCAGCGACACCAAGCCAUACGUUGUACUCCGCGUCGCAGACAAGGAACACAAGACGAAGAACCAGAAAACCCCCGCACCGCAAUGGAACGAGUCGUUCAACUUCUCUGCUGGCCCCUACACGUCGAAGAUCUACGUCUGGGUUUACGAUCACAAAACCAUCGGAAAGGACAAGCUUCUAGGAGAGGGUGAAAUUGAUAUAUGGCGGCAUAUUCAACCUCGCGGAAACACGUCCUCUGAGGUCUUCCUGGAGCUCAGGAACGGCACCGGCUUGAUGACCUUCCGGCUCGACUUUGACGCUGAUAACCAGCUGAGCGCGGAGCGGCACUCGACGCAAUCUUCGUUGGAUCGAGUCGGGACCCUCGGUUCGCCGUCGAGGUUCAGCCUCAGCCGCCGACGCGUGACGGCACCCGAAACUGAGUAAAUAUCAUUUCUUGUUUGGCUAAAAUCGGGCCCUGUAUUUGGUUUGGCCCCAUCCUCCGACUUUCGUUGCUCCCAUCCUCCCUUGUUACAUCCACCAUGCAAACUAUCAGCCUGACCAGUUCUAUCGUAAGGACUAAUAUAAAGUCUCCUCCUUGUAUCCAUCUACAAAUGUCUUGUACAGAAAUACGAUACCCCGUAUUGCUC